CGACACGCGGUGAGCACACGUACACGUGAGCGCUGUGUGCGCGCGCUCAUUCCCUGACGGAUCGUGCGCAGCGGAGCUCCGGCACUCUGAAGAUGGAUUCCAGGGAACAAGGUGCGCACGUCGAGCCGCUGCUGCAGACGAGAUGCGACGAUGAAGCCGUGGUGGACAGAGGAGGCACACGGUCCGAACUGGGAAGCAACUUUGAGAUGGAGGAUUUUGAAGGCCACAAGACCCUCUACAUUGGAGUUCAUGUACCCUUGGGCAGCGUCAGGCACCGGAGCCAUCAGCGGCACCGUCACCAUGGACACAGAUUCAGGAGGAGGAUGAGGGAGCAAGGGCUCACCUUAGUCAAGGGCAGAGAGUCUCCUGUAUUUGACAUUCCAUCCCAAAGAGUGCAGUUUCUGCUGGGCAGUGAGGAUGACGAUGAGGAGCAUAUCCCUCAUGACCUCUUCACGGAGAUGGAUGAGAUCUGCCUCAGGGAUGGAGAGGAUUCCGAGUGGAGAGAAAGUGCCAGGUGGCUGAAGUUUGAGGAGGAUGUUGAGGACGGUGGAGAACGAUGGAGCAAACCCUACGUAGCCACACUGUCUCUGCACAGCUUGUUUGAGCUGCGCAGCUGCAUCAUUCAUGGCACUGUGAUGUUGGACAUGAGAGCUGAUACCCUCGAAGAGAUUGCAGGUAUGGUGUUGGAUCACCAGGAGUUAUACUCACCGUUGGGAGAUGAGCUCCGAAAAAAAGUGCAGGAGACACUGCUGAAGCAGCACCAUCACCAGAAACAGAAGAAGCUGGCAAACCGCCUGCCAAUUGUACGCAGCAUUGCAGACAUUGGGCGACGAGCGUCUGACGUCCACCUGGACAAGAAUGGUCAGCUGACGGCCUCCCAGCCUCAGUUAACAGUUCCUGAUGGAAAAGGUGACAUCAGCAGAGUGAACAGUGCUGUGGACCUCAGCAAGAUGGACCUUCAUUUCAUGAAGAAAAUCCCUUUAGGGGCCGAGGCCUGUAAUGUGUUAGUGGGAGAACUGGAAUUUCUAAACAAACCAGUUGUGGCCUUUGUACGUCUUUCACCGGCGGUGUUACUCAACGGGCUGGCUGAGGUUCCAAUCCCCACCAGGUUCCUGUUCAUUCUGUUGGGGCCCCUGGGAAGAGGGCCACAGUAUCAUGAGAUUGGAAGGUCCAUCGCCACACUGAUGACAGAUGAGGUUUUCCAUGAUGUUGCCUACAAAGUGAAAGACCGCAACGAUCUAAUUGCUGGAAUUGAUGAAUUCCUUGAUCAAGUGACAGUUCUGCCUCCAGGUGAAUGGGAUCCAUCCAUACGCAUAGAACCACCAAAAAAUCUUCCAUCUCAGGAGAAGAGGAAGAAAAAUCAUAGUUUACCGAAUGGCUUAGCAGUCACUGGAGAGGAAGAAGAAUACAGUGGCCAUGGGGGUGCAGAACUGCAGCGCACUGGGAGGUUGUUUGGCGGUCUCAUUUUAGACAUCAAGAGGAAAGCUCCUCACUACGUGUCUGACUACACAGACACUGUCAGUCUGCAGUGUGUGGCCUCCUUCCUCUUCCUCUACUGUGCUUGCAUGUCUCCUGUCAUCACCUUUGGAGGACUUCUGGGUGAAGCCACAGAAGGACGCAUAAGUACCAUUGAGUCGCUGUUUGGGGCCUCGCUAACAGGAAUAGCUUAUUCCCUGUUUGCCGGCCAGCCCCUCACCAUCCUGGGCAGCACAGGCCCAGUGCUUGUGUUUGAGAAAAUAUUGUUCAAAUUCUGCAAGGAGUACGAGCUGUCCUACCUGUCACUGAGAGCCUGUAUUGGGUUGUGGACAUCUUUUCUCUGUAUUGUUCUCGUGGCCACCGACGCCAGUUCGCUUGUUUGUUACAUCACACGUUUUACAGAAGAAGCAUUCGCCACCCUCAUCUGCAUCAUCUUCAUCUAUGAGGCCUUGGAGAAAAUUUCUCAUAUGAGAGAAUACUACCCAUUUAACAAAAACAACAACCUCGAUAAACUCACCCUGUACACGUGUUCGUGUAUUGAGCCUUCUGACCCUAAUAAUGCUACACUGACAUACUGGCAGAUGAACAACAUCACAGCAUCAGAGGUGUACUGGGAGGCACUGGAGGUCAAGGACUGUAUUCAGAAUCGAGGAGAGUUUGUGGGCAGUGCCUGUGGCCCUCAGGGGCCAUAUGUUCCUGAUGUUUUCUUCUGGUGUGUGCUUCUCUUCUUUUCCACUGUCUUCAUAUCUGCGUUCCUCAAGGAGUUCAAGUUCAGCAGUUACUUUCCCACAAAGGUGAGAACCAUCAUCAGUGACUUUGCAGUUUUCAUCACUAUCCUAACCAUGGUUUUGGUUGACUACACUUUAGGGAUCCCCUCCCCUAAACUAAAAGUUCCAAGUGUAUUUAAGCCUACCAGAGAUGAUCGUGGUUGGUUUAUCAACCCAUUGGGACCCAAUCCCUUGUGGACGGUAGCCAUAACGGUGGUCCCAGCUCUUCUUUGUACGAUCCUCAUCUUCAUGGACCAGCAGAUCACAGCUGUCAUCAUCAACAGGAAGGAACACAAACUUAAGAAAGGUUGUGGCUACCACCUGGAUUUGUUUAUGGUGGGGGUUAUGCUUGGCAUCUGCUCUUUGAUGGGCCUGCCCUGGUUCGUGGCAGCUACCGUCCUCUCCAUCACCCACGUCAACAGCCUGAAGCUUGAGUCAGAGUGUUCAGCUCCUGGAGAGCAGCCAAAGUUCCUUGGUAUCAGAGAGCAGCGAUUUACAGGCCUAAUGAUCUUCACCCUCAUGGGCUGCUCUGUUUUCAUGACAUCUGUGCUGAAGUUUAUUCCUAUGCCUGUGUUAUACGGAGUGUUCCUUUAUAUGGGAGCGUCUUCUCUCAGAGGCAUACAGUUCUUUGACCGUCUGAGACUUUUUGGUAUGCCAGCCAAACACCAACCAGAUUUUAUCUAUCUACGCCACGUACCUCUGAGGAGGAUUCACCUCUUCACUAUCAUCCAGCUCAGCUGUUUGAUCCUGUUGUGGGUCAUCAAGACCUCCAAGGCAGCUGUUGUCUUUCCCAUGUUGGUGUUGGCUCUGGUGUUUAUCAGGAAGCUUAUGGAGCAUAUCUUCACCACCAGAGAGUUGAGCUGGCUGGAUGACCUCAUGCCAGAGAACAAAAAGAAGAAGCUUGAAGAUUCUGCUGAUGAGGAUGAGGAACAGAGCAUGUUAGCAGAAGAUGAGGGAGCAGAGCAAGUGCCCUUAGAAGGGUACAGAGGUGUACCCAUCAUAAACAUCACAGAUGAAAUGUCAAAAGGCACUUUUGGAAAUACUUGGAAUGCCUAAGACACUUUAGAAAGGAGCAGAA